AUGACUGACAAGGAAACUUCGACGCUGCAGUCGUACAUCGACAAAGCCACGGGCGCCGCCCAGAGCGUCCUAGGCUCCAUCGCCGGCACGCCAGGCGACAAGGCCCAAGGCGAGGAAAAGAAGCGCGAAGCCGAAGCCAAACACGACAUCUCCCAAGCCGGCGCCUCCAUCGGCGGCGUCUCCGUCUCCGCCUCGGGCGUCGCCCAAAACGACCCCAACCGCCAGACGGGCUCCUGGAACCAGACGGUCGGCAGCGGAAAGGAGUUUGUGGGCGGGGCGUUGGGGCUGGAGGGGUUGAAGAGUGAGGGGCAGAAGCAGAACGAAGAGGGCAAGGCGCAGGAGGCGGCUGGGCAGUUGAAUGAUUUGGGGAGUGGGAUUAAGGAUCGGGUUAGUGGGACUGUGGGGGGUGCUGUUGCAGGUGUUACUGGUGAUCGUGAGCAGCAGGCCAAGUACCACGCUCAACACGACCAAGGCAAGACGCUCCAGCGUGGUGUCGAGUCGGAGCUGGACAAGAAGGCUCAGGCUGAGGUUGAGAAGAAAUAA